GGUCGAAGGCUUCCAAUUGCAGACGAGAGGAACAGAGCAGCAUCAUCGCUGGACAAGGAGGAGGAGGCUGAGAUCCAAGGGGCGGUUCGCAGGAGAAGAAAAGCCAAGAAAAGCACGAGGCUCGCGUAGAGAGAGUCUUGUGGGGGGGCUGUCUGCUUUUCGACUGCCUCCGGCUGAAAGAUGAGCAAGCUGCCGUCAUGGAAGAAUUGUACAGGGACAUGCUGCGAUUCGGAUGCCUCCGGCAUUUCCGUCACUUCAGCGUUUAUCUGAGAGGGCGGGAGGAGCUGGUGGUUUCCGUACGGCAUUCUCCCGAUCUAGUACAUCUGGGGGGAUUGUACAGCGGCUCCGCCCACUCUCAAGGGUCAGCAGUCACCCCCCCACCACCCGAGUGUGGGGUCAACACUACCGGUCGCAACACACCAACGACCUCCCUGAGUGCUGGAGUUCACACCCCUGGAAGACGGUUGCUACCGGUCGUUGAGAACCUCGUCUGCUCCCAAGCUCUACCUCCUGCCAGCCCUGCCUCCUCCGAAGAUCACCAUAGCCAGAACUCACGCGCUCAGACUAUCUUCAUGAUCGGUGCCUACGCUCGAUACAAAGGACCGUACGUGUGGUUGAGGUCCACAACUCUGAACACCAAAGUUGCAGCCGCCGACAAACUGGACAGAGAUGUCCCUUUGAACUUAGCCUCCAUACGAAAUUGGCAACCCCUCCAUCUCCGAGUCUGGCACAUUGCGGAGGAGCUUAUCUCCCUUGUCCUCCCAAUUGGACCCUGCUUCAACAACAGCCGCAACCCAUUCGAGGUGGAUCUUGAUUCGUUAUGGGACAUGCCGCCGCUUGAGCGUGCGUGCAUGGCUGGCGCGUUGGCAUCGUUUCUCUACUCCGUCGUCACUAGCCGACCCUGCCCAAACUACGCUAGCGACCUGUACUAUGAUCUCAUCCGAUUACUGGAGUUACACUUCAAGGACAUGAAAAGCCUGUUAGUACUGCCAUCAACGACGACAACGACGACAACGACGACGACGACGACGACAACGACGACGACGCCUGCGAAGCCGCCAGCUGUCCGACGUCCACCGCUUGACAGUGCUGACGUGGCAGUCGCUGCUUCCAAGCUCCGACAAGCUUUUGCUAUUCUCCAGUGGUGGUUCUUCAAUGUCCUGACAAUCAUCUUGAACAAAUGGAUUUUUCAAAAGUACGAUUUCAAGUUCCCCCUGACUCUGUCAACGGUCCACUUCGUCGUCUCCACCAUCGGUGCAGUCGUCGCCCUUAGGGUGCUCGCCUUGAAGCCAUUGGUCGAGGUGAGCCCCGCCGACAAAUGGCGUCGGCUUUUCCCAAUGUCGGUCGUGUUCUGCGUCAACAUAGUUCUAGGCAAUGUCAGUCUUCGUUGGAUCCCUGUGUCCUUCUUUCAGACAAUCAAGUCCUUCACACCUGCGACCACGGUGGUGCUCCAGCGGCUUGUCUGGGGCAGGCAUUUCGACGUGCGGGUAUGGCUAUCCCUGCUGCCAACGGUGGGCGGCAUUGUGCUAACAAGCGUGACGGAGCAGACCUUUGAGUUGUAUGGGUUCCUAGCUGCCUUCAUGGGUUGUUUGGUGACGUCGACGAAGACGAUACUAGCCGAGACGCUCCUGCAUGGGUACAAGUUUGACUCACUCAAUACUGUCUACCACAUGGCUCCCUAUGCAGCUUUGCUACUGGUCUUCCCGGCAGUGCUUUUGGAGGGCGAGGGCGUAACACUUUGGCUGAGCCGAGGGUCCUUCUCAGUCUGUAUGCCUGUGAUUGUGGUGAUCUUGCUCAGUGGGGCCAUCGCCUUCUUGCUCAAUUUCUCCAUAUUUUAUGUCAUUCAAGUGACGACCGCUGUCACGUUCAACGUUGCUGGCAACAUGAAGGUGGCGGUGGCCAUACUGGUCUCCUGGCUCAUUUUCCAGAACCCUAUGUCUUUCCUUAAUGUGCUUGGCUGUGGGAUUACCUUGGCAGGGUGCACGUUUUACGGGUACGUGCGGCAGCGUCUUCCACAUAGUAGUGCGGUUCCUCAGCCUCCGAAGGAAGACACUGCUCUGCUGCUUCCUUCAAGCGAGAAGCUGGCCGCUCCACGACUUGUACUGGUGGUCGGGCAAGGCGAGAAGGACAAUCCGAAUGCGAAUCCGAGUUUGCGAGUUAAUAUUGUGAGCAGCAGCACUGCCAUUAGUCCCACUGGAGUCGAUGCAUGUAGUAAGCGGCUAUUAUAGUCCUUACCUGCUAAGGAGGUACUUGCACGAGAACUUUCAUAGAUGCAUCUGACGGCUUUUAUGGCCAGGCCUGGAUGCACCUGACCGCAAUUACAACUACAGGUAGGUUGACAAGGAAGUCCUACUACAGUAGUGUGGUGAAUACCCCCUCAGUUUUUUGGGGCUGUCUGCAGAAAUAUAAAUAUGUUUCGUUCAGUCUUGUUUGGUGGUAAAAGAUGGUUAAGGACACAGGUCUGCAAUGGGUGAUCUGCAACCUGUGUGUCCCAACCGGUAGAUGGUGUGGUCUACAGUCUUGACCCCAAUAGAAUGGGGUCAUUAUAUUAGCUGUAUCUAGACUGAAAGGUCUUCCAAAUACCGCUAUAAAAGUGACCAGGUGUUCUGUGCAGGUGAAGAUGGCACACAAGGGGAUGGAAGAUGGUAGGUAUGUUUUUUCAAGUUUUUCUUGGUGAUACUUGGUGGAUAGCAGUUGCAGAGAGAGGUGGAUCUCCUCAAGAUAUUUUCUUUUCGGUUCCGGUCCAUUGAGGAUUGGUUCAGCCUUGAGCACUGGGCUCGUUUCCGGGUAGACUGUGGGGACCCCGGCCCCUUUUCUUCUUCAGAACAAUGAAAGGUUUCCUUUUGC